UGGGUUGGCUAGAACCCAGGACCGGCGCAGCGGGGCGGGCCCGGAGCUGGAGGAGGUUCACACAGUGCAGACUAGUUGGCUACGUCGAUCCGCUCUUCCUCGGAUUUGGCUGCCGCGCUCAGUUCCUCAGCUCGGGUAGCUCUGGCAGAGUCUGCGCGAUGGGCGACCGGGAAAGGCCGGAAGCGGCCAGGCCGGAGGAGGGUGAGAAAUUGUGUUCAGAGACAAAAGAAAAUGUGGUGAGGUCAGAGGAAGAGCCACUCCUAAGAAAGAGUUCCCGACGGUUUGUCAUCUUUCCAAUUCAGUACCCUGAUAUAUGGAGAAUGUAUAAGCAAGCACAGGCGUCUUUCUGGACAGCAGAAGAGGUUGACUUAUCAAAGGACCUCCCUCAUUGGAACAAGCUUAAAUCCGAGGAGAAGUAUUUUAUCUCCCACAUCUUAGCCUUUUUUGCAGCCAGUGAUGGAAUUGUAAAUGAAAACUUGGUUGAGCGUUUUAGUCAGGAGGUGCAGGUUCCAGAGGCUCGCUGCUUCUAUGGCUUUCAGAUUCUCAUUGAGAAUGUCCACUCGGAGAUGUACAGUUUACUAAUAGACACUUACAUCAGAGACCCAAAGAAAAGGGAAUUUUUAUUUAACGCAAUUGAAACAAUGCCAUAUGUUAAGAAAAAGGCAGACUGGGCUCUGCGCUGGAUAGAAGAUAGGAAGUCUACUUUUGGGGAAAGAGUGGUGGCCUUUGCUGCUGUAGAAGGGAUUUUCUUCUCUGGAUCAUUUGCUGCUAUAUUCUGGCUAAAGAAGCGAGGCCUCAUGCCUGGACUGACUUUUUCAAAUGAACUGAUCAGCAGAGAUGAAGGACUUCACUGUGACUUUGCCUGCCUGAUGUUUCAGUACUUGGUAAACAAGCCUUCAGAAGAAAGAGUCAGAGAAAUCAUUGUUGAUGCUGUUAAAAUUGAGCAGGAGUUUUUAACGGAAGCCUUGCCCGUUGGUCUCAUUGGCAUGAAUUGUGUUUUGAUGAAACAGUAUAUUGAGUUUGUAGCUGACAGAUUGCUUGGAGAACUUGGAUUCUCAAAGAUUUUUCAGGCAGAAAAUCCCUUUGAUUUUAUGGAAAACAUUUCGUUAGAAGGGAAGACAAAUUUCUUUGAGAAGCGAGUUUCUGAGUAUCAGCGAUUUGCAGUCAUGGCAGAAACCACAGAUAACGUCUUCACCUUGGACGCAGAUUUCUAAAGCCCUCCUCAUAAUUUUUUUUUUUUUUUAAAUAGAAUCUGGUUGUGAUGUUACACGACUUUAGUCCAGCCCUCAAAGAAGCUGAGGGCAGGUGGAUCUCUGAGUUUGAGGAUGAUCAGGGAUCCAUACUGAGAUCUGUCUCAAAAACAAAAUAACAACAAAACCAAACAAAACACAUGGAAACCUUUGGUUGGUAAAUAGCAAUCUAUUUUUCUGUCUUUUUGAAACUUUGAGUAUCUCAUUUAAGGAAAUGAGAGUUUGAAUAGAGGGAAAUCUAAAACUAAAUUCUAAAUGAUUUGAUUUUAUCUAAAUGUACUUCAGUUUAUUUAUACAACCAGAGUGUGACUUAAGCACUUAAGAUGGCAUUAAGAGUGUAGAUUGAUGAGUCAGGUGUGAGCUUGACAUUCUGUCUUACUCCUCGGUGUGACCUUGGCAAGUCAGUUAAUCCCUGUAAACUUCAGGACAUUUAUCUGUAAAAUGUGUAUAAUAGUAAGUCCCAAAUUCAUGGAGGCACCAGAGGAUUAAUAUACAGAAAUAGUUUGUUUAUCUAAUACUUUCGCCUCCACUACCUCAACUGCUAAUUAAUAUUAGCCACAAGAUCAAGUACAGUGACAUUGUGAUGCAGUCCACUCCUCUCCAAAGUGAGUGGGACUCAGGGUUGGAUUGAGAAAAGGAGUUCAUUAGAUCUUUGUGUUUUUAAUGCUUGCAGAAAGAAUAUAAGGAUCUCCUUAGAGAAAUCAGAAUUCUCAUCAACCUUUGAAUUCAUCAAUCUGCAAUAAAGCUCUUAAGUGCUUAGUGUGGAAGGCUUAUGGAGUAGAAUCCAGGUUACCGUGAUUGUGGGUCUUGUAAGCAGAGUGAUUCUUCUUUAGAAAUUAAAAGGAUAGCUGUUGCCAAGUACAGCCCUGGAAUGUUCAGAACCUGGAUAGAUGGGCAUUUCUCAGAAUUUUAUUCUCAGAGCUUGUAGAUCUUCCAGAGUUUUGUGACAGAAAGAGAUGCGGUGGCCAGUGGACUUGGGGAAGGCUGUGCACCCCAUUCCUUCCUAGAGUGGAGUCAGCACAGCGGCUGAGGAGGUGCCAUACAGAGGGCUCACCUUGCUGCCCACAUGUAUGCAACACAAGCCUGUCAGCACCUCCCACAGCUAUGGAGUGCACUGGGAAAGCUGGCCUAGAAUCAUUUAUAUACACUGGAAAUGGUCGAGAGAAGGGAGGUGGGAGGGAUUAGUGAGCCAUUUUGGAUUUGUGCCAAUCAGAGAGUGAUUUAAGGUUGACUUCAUUUUUAUGUCUAUAUCCUCUUAAAUCUCGAUGCUGUUAUAAAGGAAUGUUCUUUUAAUGGACUGUUUAUGCUGCAUGAUAAGAUAAUGAGGGAGGUGGAAGUCUUCCUAAGAAAGAUGCAGAAAGGCCAGGAGCCAGGACACCUGGGCUGUGUGACUUUCUUCAUUUUCAGGAAAGUAUCAAGAGGAAGCCUAAACCCCAUCAAACCCUGGUCCCCUACUCAGUAAAUGCAAGCACGAGGUCCUGAGGUCCCUAGCACCCCCAUAAAAACCAUAGCAGCACACACUCAUACGCCUACCUGCACACACACAUGCACACAUACAAAGUACACAUAAAAUUGUGGCAGCUGAAAUUCAGAGAUUUAUCUCUGUUUAAGUUUUUGUUCUAUUUGUUCUACAACUAUCUGAUCAAAACUCAGAAUCCUAAAUGAAUGCAAGAGAAGCGGGCCAUAAUUCCAUUGUUAAAGGGAGUACCCAAGAUGAACAUUUUGACUUAAUGGUCAUACUGGUUUUUGGCUAUGUCCUUCCCAUUGGUAAUUAGAUCACCCAGUAGCCCUCUAAGCGUGACAGAGUAGCUAUUACUAAAACAUGGAGAGUGGAAGGAGGACCUCAGAAGCUGAAAAACUUGACUGGGACUUUACAGUCACUCUCCUUAUGCUAUAAUAUGUCAAAGCUGUCAUAUCUUUUAAGCUUUAUCCAUCAUAAUUUAUUUUGCCUAUUCCUUUAUUAAUCAAACUAUCACAUACUACCACAGCAGAGUAUCAAACUAUCACAGACCUUGGGGUAUGUGAGUAGUAUGUUCCAAGGUUUUUAUCUACUAUCACACAAAAGCAGCUAAAAUUUAAUUAUUAAAGCUAAAACUUUAAUAAACUUUAAUUUAUUAUUCUGUCAGACUGAAAGAAAACAGUUUUAAAAGUGUACAUUCUGAAAGUUUAAAGUCUAGCUCUUCAUGAGUAGUGACAGGAACCUUUACGUGAUACACAUUAUUAGUAGCAAGAAGGAAAACUGUAUUUGAAGGAAGUCUUCAUACUGAAAAACUUAAUUCUUACUACCCUGUUACAUUGUUACAUUGCUGCUCUCAGUGUUCUGUACCCUCUCAAUGCCUCCGGGUUGCACAUUUAUUUAUUAUAUAUUUUGGUUCUUAGGUAUGGAAGAAUCAAGAAGUUAUAAAAUGUCUUUUUAGUAUCUCACAGAUAAUGAAAAAAUCAAGAUGCAUUUCUCUUUUUUUACAGCACAUAUGUUUCAGAGAACUUCAAUUUAUCAUAGAACUAUGUUUUUAUAUUUUAAGAUGAUAAAAAACCUUGUUAUAACCAUAGUUUAAAUACAUGUUUUAUUAAAUACACAUAGAAUCAUGAUAUAUAAGAACUUUGGAUGAAUUUUUUUUUGCAGGGCUGAGUUUCAAUAAUAAAGAGUUAUUUUUAUGAUACAGACUA